AAAGAGGAGGCUUUGUUCAUUGUCUGGAUGCCAGGCUGCAGAGCAAUUAUGCCUUAAAAUGUAGCGAGGGAGCACGGAGCGUUCAAUCUUGCUCUUUGAGCUCACCUGCCAAUGAAUUCUGUGCACACCUGUGUGCUACGAAGGACAUGUCCAAAGCUUCCCAGAUCUUGAGGCCCUGAUUUAGGAAGAAGAGACCUCCUCGGAGGAGCAUGGAGGAUGGGAAUGGCUUGGAGUGAGAACUAGCUGCAGAGCAGCUUUAUCAAGGUCAUCGCCUCGACUCCAGCCCGAGUAGGGAAUUGAAAUGAAAUGUGGAUCGCUCCAGGCACGCCCUCCCCCCCCCAACGCCAGCCUCUUAAAAAUACAUCUCCAACCAAACCAGUUGCGCUUCUCCUGCUCGGAUAUUUUUUUUUUCCAUCUUUCAUUACGCAGAGAAAUUGUGAUCAAUGAAAUUCCUUUGCGUCCGUGUAAAUCUGCUGGGGUUUUUAACUGCAGAUCCAGGGAUGAGGUUGGGGACCGGGGAAAAGCCUGAGAUGCUUGCGCCUGCGAUGAAAUUAUGAAUCCACAUCCCAGAGCAAACGAGCGGUAGGAGGCAGCCAGAAAUCUCCAUCCGCGGAAGCGCUGGGCUGCAGCAAGGGAUGGAAGGUGCAAGUGGAACCAAGAAGACACCCAAACCGAGAGGGCUGCUGGCAUUUCUCCUGGCAACGUCCUGCCCGAAUGGAACCAAUUCAGGCAAGAAGAUCUACUAGCAGAGCAUCAAAUCAGCCUGGGAUGCAGCGCUGUGCCCUCCUUACCCCUGAUUUCUUCCCUCAGUUUCCCCAUCUGUAAAAUGGAGACUAUGCUGUCAAAUCCUGCUUGAAAACCGCCGUCAGAUGCAGAAAAUGGAAGUGAAUUACUCAGGUGAUGCUCGUCGGCAGUCACGGAACAGAUUAAGAGCACAGAACACUCUGCUUCAGCAGCUUGUGUCCCCUAAGCCCUGUGACCAGCGAGGCUAACGCCAGCCUGGACCAAGCGGCGAUGAAGAGCAGCAGUUCUGCCCUGGAAGGAAGUCAACCCUACCGUGGGAAUUGGCCUCUCUCAUUCUCCAAGCCUAAUUAACCAAAUCAUCUGCGUUUGUGGGAGGCUUUAGCAGGAGUGGAGAGGGACAAGAGGAGAGCUCCAAGGAGGAAUGGCUAACGAGGAGCUGAGGCUGGUUGUGCCGGACACUCAUCCCUGGUCUUGGAUGCUUCAGCAGACCCAGAUGUCGGUGCGGCCCAAGAUCUGCAGAACGACGCAUGGGAGAAUGGUAGCGAGCCCAUAAGACCAUGCUCUACAAAAUGACAUGUUGGCUCCUGGUGCUGGUCCUCCACCUGGUCCUUCUGAGCCCUCUGCGGGUGGCAGCCUGCCCUGCCCGCUGCGAGUGUGCCCCGCAGAUCAAGUCAGUGGUGUGUCACCGCAAGAGGCUCACCUCCAUCCCUGAGGGCAUCCCCACCGAGACCAAGAUCCUGGAUCUCAACAAGAACCGCAUCCGCUGCCUGAACCCGGGUGACCUCUCCCCUUACCCACUGCUGGAAGAGCUGGAUUUCAGCGAGAACAUCAUCUCCAAUGUGGAGCCGGGCGCCUUCAGCAACCUGUUCAACCUGCAGACCUUACGGCUCCGGGGGAACCAGCUCAAGCUCAUCCCUCCAGGGGUCUUCACCAAGCUGACCAACCUCACCCUCCUGGACAUUAGCGAGAACAAACUCGUCAUCCUGCUGGACUACAUGUUCCAGGACCUGCGCAACCUGAAGAGCCUGGAGGUGGGUGAUAACGACUUGGUGUACAUCUCCCAACGCGCCUUCUCGGGACUGCUCGGCUUGGAGCAGCUGACCAUCGAGAAGUGCAACCUGACCUCCAUCUCGGCCGAAUCACUCUCCUACCUCCAGAACCUGGAGGUGCUGCGGCUCCGGCACCUCAGCAUCUCCGCGCUGGAGGACCAAAACUUCAAGAAGCUCUACAACCUCCUGCAACUGGAGAUUGACAACUGGCCACUGCUGGAAGACGUCUCCCCCACCAGCUUCCAGGGCCUGAACCUCACCUCACUCUCCAUCACCUACACCAACAUCACAGCUGUGCCCACCGCUGCCUUGAGGAACUUGGUGUAUCUCCGGUACCUGAACCUGUCCUACAACCCCAUUAGCACUGUGCUGAAGGGCUCCUUUAAAGACCUCAUCCGGCUCCAAGAGCUCCACAUCGUGGGCGCUCUCUUGGUAACUGUGGAGCCUCAGGCUUUCUCCGGCCUGAGACAAAUCCGGCUGCUCAACCUCUCCAGCAACUUUCUCUCCACACUGGAGGAGAGCACCUUCCACUCCGUCAACACACUGGAGACGCUGCGGGUGGACAGGAACCCCCUGGCCUGUGAUUGCCGCCUCCUCUGGAUCCUGCAGCGACGGAAGACGCUCAACUUCGAUGGGCAGCAGCCCAUGUGCUCCUCACCGCCCGAAAUCCAGGGCAAUGCUCUGCGGGACUUCCCGGACUCUGUGCUCUUCGAGUAUUUCACCUGCCAGAAGCCCAAGAUAAGGGAUCGGAAAUUGCAGCACGUGACGGCCCGGGAAGGGCAGUCCGUGUCCUUUCUUUGCCGGGCAGAUGGGGAACCAGAUCCCUCCAUCUCCUGGGUGUCCCCUCAACAUCGCAUGAUCACCACCCGCAGCACAGGGCGGGCGACCGUGCUGCCUGGGGGCACCUUGGAGAUCCGCUUUGCCCAGGUGCAGGACAGCGGCACCUACAUCUGCAUCGCCAGCAACGCCGGGGGCAACGACACCUACUUUGCCACCCUAACAGUCAAGGGGCACCCAACCGAUGGCUCCCACUACGCCAACCGGACUUUGUACCUCAAUGAGUUCAACGACACCUCCCACAAUGACACUCAAGUCUUCUUGAAGUUUACUUUGGACCUCAAGACCAUCCUGGUCUCCACGGCCAUGGGCUGCAUCACCUUCCUGGGCGUGGUGCUCUUCUGCUUCCUCCUCCUCUUCGUUUGGAGCCGGGGCCGGGGGCAGCACAAGAACAAUUUCUCGGUGGAGUACUCCUUCCGCAAGGUGGAUGGUCCCACCACCACCACCGGCCAAGGAGGAGCUAGAAAGUUCAACAUGAAGAUGAUCUAAGCCUCUCCCAGAGGAGAACCAUUGUCUGCUGCCCAGCCCUGGGUGGGCUGGGGUGGGUGUGGGAGCACCGGUGAUAUCCUGGAGCUGGUGGUGGCACCUCACUGCGCUGGGACACAGCCGGAGACAUUCUGGAGGACCGUAUGGACCUCAGGGUUUGGAAGCGAUGACCCCAGCUGUCCCAGCCUUGUGGUGAGCCCUUGGGGCUCCAUGGCUCAGGAGCUCUCCUAGCUCCAGGGGCUCCCAAUGUAGCCAACAUUUUUGCUACCAACUAUGCAUUUCUCUACCCAAGAGAUCAGCAGCGUUUGGGCCUGGGAAAAAAACUGCUUCCUUCUUUUCUCCCUCCUUUUUUCCCUUUUUUUUUUAAGAGACUCUCCAGAAAACUUGCCCGGUGGUUGUUUCCGGUUCUUCUCUUUUUCUCCUUGUUGGGGUUUUAUUUUUGUUGGUCCGAUGAUUUUUCUUUUUAAGGGAUUUCCAAGAAUAAAGUCUUCCGGGGCGAUGCGGGACUUGGGCGCUGGGGGAAGCUGUGCCGAGCUUGACCUCUCUCCCAACCCCUCAGCAAAACCGGACCCUCCGCAGGGUACGGCCGCGCCUGGAGAGCUUCUCAUCGGUGGCUUUAAGAGGCACCAUCUGCAAACGUGGGUGUAUAGGGUUCCUCCUGCACAAGCAAUAAUAACCCACUCAAGGCCAGGCUGGGAGGAGGUGUCAGCAAGGAAAAAAAGGGGUUAAAAAAGGCAAAAUGAGGCCAAAAUCAGGAGCAUGUCUUUGCAUGCGCCCCAGCUGCUGGCGCAGGGUUGGAGGGAUGGAUACUCAGGAUGCGGAUGGGGCAAAAGGUGUUUUUGGGGCUGUUUUUCUUGGCUUGCAAAACCAAAGUCUACGGAAGAGCGAGAGCCGGCUCGUCCUGCGCGGGUUGGCCAUGCAGCCCAGGAAAGAAGAGGAGAGAAAGGCUUGGGACAAGCAGCUUGGGAACCAACGGCUAAAGCAAGCACUGGGAAAAGGUCCCGGUUGGCA